AGCUUCAGCGCGAUUUCUUCGUAUUCUGGAAUGAAUCAUGAUUCGACAGCAUUUGUUGGAUGUGACCAAGACAAGGUAAAACGACCGAACUACCACAUACACUACACUAUUGGCUUACUGUAGCCAUGGAUAAUUAGAAAAAUGGAUAGGGAACAGCUGACGUGACCAGACGUGACCAGUGAACUCUACAAAUACUGGAACGAUAUAACUCCAUGUAAACUGCCUUAUAUGAUUGGGUGAAGCUAAGGUGGCGGCCUAUAGAGUGCUCUCUUAUAAGUAUAAAACACGCAUGUCCUAAUUGACUAAUGUUUUCUUUUCGAUGUUUUUCAACUUUUUGCACAUAAACGUCCAUUUCAAUGGUAAAUACCAAACCUAAAAGCUAAAAAUUAAACGCAAAGGUAAGAUGAUGCAAGAGCAGUCCAUAUUUAUUUAUCAUGUGUUCAGUUCAACCACUUCGUAAAUAGUCCAGAAAAACAAACGAUUGCUGGUGUGGUUUCUCCGCGGGCUUUUUUCUGAACUUGCAUGGUUUUCAUUCCUUUUUAUGAUGAAGUGUUUCCAAAACGUGGUUAUUCUGACAGACCACUUGCUCUAGUUUCUCAGGACUAUAUGGUAAAAGCCGGACUUAAGAAAUAGUUGGCCAAAAAAUUACGAGAUUUCUACACGUGAAAUAAUGCCGAUUUUUCGUACUGAAUUCCGUAAACUUCCGCGUAGGAACCUAGGACAUACUUACAAGACGGGCUUCUUUCCGCCAUCUUUACUUCGAAAAAACAGCCGAAGUUAUCGUUCCAGUUUUUAUAGCGUUGACUGGGCGUGAUCAAUUUGGAAUUCAUGAUGUCACGAAUCGUAGACAGUAAAAUGCGCGACAAAUUUUAAUUCUAUCAAAAGUAGUUUUGGUGACGCCAAUUUCGCGAUUACGAAAGCAAAAAUCUUAUUAAAAAUGUUUGAUAUGUUCCCUAAGAAUGACCAACAAUAUCUAGAUAUUCCAUUGUAGAGUGGCAUGGUUGUAUACUUACGGGUUUUUUUUACUAAAAUGUUCAGUUGUAUUAUUGCUUAACGUGGCAUUAUUUUGGAUUUGGUGGUGCCAUCCACGCUGAAAACAUCAUGCAUGAUGAUGAGUUUCCUAUCCAGUGUUUUUAUGAUGGAUGUUGAGCUAAUUUUCUAGUAAAUAAUGGAUUAAUUUUUGCCGAAAUAGAUGCUCCAAUUUCUUAAGGAACAUAUUAAAAAUUGCAUUCAUAUUCAUUAUGCAAUUUAUAUUUGGAUACUUUUGUCCUUGUAGUGUUGUGCAUGUUUUGGUCCGAAAGGUGGAAGACAAAACUACUGUGGUCCUAAAUGUACUGCAAUUAAUGGAGGAACAGUGAUGAAAAAAGCCUUCGUCUGGUUUUGAGUGCGACCUAGAAUGCCUCAACGUCUGUGGAAAAGAUGCAUGGAGUUCACGAUGAAAAAUUCUGCAGGAAAUAUUGAAAAAUAUUUUAUUGAUCCACAAAACGGCACGGCACAUAAGGUAAGAAAAAUGUUACACUAGCAGUUGAUAUUUAAAGAAGAAAUAAUAUAUCAAACAUGAAAAGGAGACGUCGAAAAUAGCAGUUAAAUGUGACACUGUUAAUUAAGAAACUAAAUAUUAUUUGUAAAUAUUGUUUCAGUGUAAUAUUGUUGUUAACAUUGUUUGUAAAAUAUUGUAAUUUGUAUAUAUGUAUUAAAAUAUUAUAUCUAAUACGAGAAACUUAGCUUAUUGGGUAUAGUAUGGACUUCGAUAAUCGUUAAUUUUAUAAAAAUAUUAUAUCCUCUUUAGGAGUCAUGUUCCAAACAGUUCAGUACAUUUUUAAAUGAAGGCGUGAGUAUAUCUGGUAUUCUACAUACUAAUAACAUACCCGGAAAUAUUCAACUGAAAUAGGGAAAUAUCAUUGGGCACAAAUAUUUAAUUAAUAAAGAAUCAAUCAAUCAAUCAAUCAAUCAAUCCCUUAUUUGAUGUAAUAUUUCAAAUCUGACAAAGUCAAUGAGGACUGGACUAGAUUUCAAGUCCGCGCAAUUGAUCAAGUCCGAGGCGAAACCGAUGUAAUGUAUUUCUCGUGAAACCGAGUAAGGAUUGAAUGCAAAAGUAACCUUUGAUUUAAGAUAAUUUUAAUAACGACUAUUUCAAGAUGAACUCUCUCUACACAUGUUCCCUCCUGCGCAUGCGUGUCUCUGUCCUUAAUAUACACAGUACUUCAUAUAAUCAAUAUAUAACAGCCGAGGACUGAAUCAAAAUGUGAGGACUUGAAAUCUAGUCCAGUGCGAAUUGGAGGAUUUGACACUGAAUUGAUUUUGUUGGCUUAGGACUUCUCUGCUGAUAGAGGUCGCUAUUUGUGAAGGAAAGCGAAGGAGAAGAGACCUUUUCCUAGAUCUGAAACUUCCUCAGUCCAUGAUCGUGGACGAGUCACACCAGUUUGUAAAACAAGUUCUGAAACCGGUUUUGGGAAACAAAUAGUACGCAUGCUCAGAACUGAAUUACGCUGUAAUGACAUUGAACCCGUAUGUCAAAAUAUCAAAAUGUCAUUUCGAGGUUUUUCAAGUUGGUUGAAUGUGCUCUAAGUUAUGUAAUUGACAUUUUCAAAGUUGAAACUGUGAAAGCAGUGACAGAAGACAAAAGAAAGCAAUCUGUUCUGUUUUAUCGGGCCGAGAUACAUUUGUUUGCCUUCAAACUACUGACUCGAUGUCAUGGCAACCCCUGCGCAUGCACGACAGAAAACGUGUCGGAUCUAGGCAGAGGUCUCUUCUCCUUCGCUUUCCUUCACAAAUAGAGACCUCUGUCAGCAGGGAAUCCUAGGACUGGAUCAGUAUACAUCACCAGGUAUCCAAUGUGAGCAAAAUAAAGCAAAUGGUUGGCUAAUUUACUCAUGAAUUAUUAACGAGUUUGAGAUCUUUAUUUAAUAGCAAGAAGGGCAUUGCCAAGUUUUAAUUUUUUUCAGACCUUGACAGCGUCUGACAAGAAAAGCUUAGAAAAGAUCCCAAACGUGCCUGGUCUUCUCGUAUCGUGAAGACAAUAAACAACUUUACGUCAAUCAAGGGUCAAAGUGGCAGGCUUUGAGUAAUGAGCAAGAGGUUAGCUUACUGAUAUCCUAGAUCUUAACUAUAUAUGAAGUGUUUGGUAUAAUGAUGGUGUCUUCGCGAGGAUCGCACUGAAACUUUAUUAUGGAUUAGAGUUAAUUAAAACGUUAUGCAGUGAUAUGCAAAUUUAGCUAAAAUAUAUAUUAUAGGUAAAUGCUGUACAAACUAUCCUGACAAAUUUUCUUAACCUAUUUCAGUAACCUAUUUCAACUAAAACAUGACUUUGUGCGCACGUUAUACGCCUUGAGUUUAGACGUUCCUUCCUUAAAACUUCAAAUAAUAUUAUAAGAAGUUGUAUCCGUGCAUGCAUUUGCGCGUGUAUGUAAAUUCUUACUGUACUAUUUGCAGGUUCUCCAGCUAAAUAGAGUCCUCAAGUUAGACGUGGAAUUUUUGAAAAAGAAAAUAAACAGCAACUCAGCCGUUGUUAACGGGCAAUUAACUCAUUUAAAAAAGAAAAUUGUUAGUCAAGAGAAAGCCAUUAGAAAUCAAGGAAAACAACUUGAGGAACAGAAUAAUACAAUAGACUAGAAAUACAUGCAUGCAAUAACCCCUCGCCUGUUUUCAAAAGAUGCAUACUCAGUGCCGUUGCGAGCACUUCGUCUGAGGGUGUGUGUGAGGUUAGAUAGAGGGGGGGGGGGUUACCAAAAUGUUUCCAGAUGUACAAAAAUUUUUCAGGACAUAUAUUAAUAAUUUUUCCGAAAAUACAGUUGUUUUCCAAAUUCACUUUCUCAUGUCCUGAGAAUUACCUGAAUUGCCCUGAAAAUCUUCUGCAAAUCUACUUAAAUUUACCUAAAAGUGCAUUGGAAAUCUACCUGAAAUUCCUCAUGAGCAAUUAUCAGGGGUGUUGCAACACCCCCCCCCAGUGAGUUCCAAGCAAACACUCUCUGAUUUAUUGUUCGUGUAUUUCACCUCCCAAAAUAUUGUGCAUCAUACUAUAGAGCAUUUUGCUGUUGUCAUGCUCUAGCAUGGUUCAAACUUAUGAAUUUUUAUUAUAUAAAGAUAGUGUUUUCCCAAGAUUUCGAGCACUGAUAAAAAUGAUAAUCUCACAUGUGAAAAUAUUCAUGAUAAUCUCACAUGUGAAAAUUAUCGCCUUUUCAAUUAUCGCUUUUCAUUCAAGACUGUCAUUUAUAUAAUAAACAGAAAAAUACAUGGGUGGUUGGAAAUACCAGAUUUAUUUUUCGUGUUGAACAUGACAUAUCUCACUCGUUCGCUGCGCUCACUCGUUCGCUGCACACUCAUGUUCAACACUCGAAAUAAAUCUGGUAUUUCGUGCACCCAUGCAUUAUUUUCUAUUUAAACUACAACUUGACUG